CUACUAGAGAUGCAGUUGCCCGCAGUCUAUUGAACACAAUGAAGAGGCACAUUAUUCCGCUUCUGCUGCUACUUGGCAUUAUUUGUGCAGUGCUAGUCGCUGGCCAUCCACACGAUCUUAUUGGAUCUACGGACGAUCCUAACUACGAUGUCUUGGAGGAAUCUGGCAGCGGAUACAAUAGUGCCGAAGAGUUCAUGAACGCAAUGGACGAACUAGUCAGGCGCUGGCAGGAGUACGACGCAGCUCAAAAGAACUCUACCGACUAUUCAAGUCUUGACUACGAUGAGACUACGUUGGACUCAACCGAUUUUGUUACCAAUCCGGCGACUUAGUAGUAGUGUGUUAUAUAUAUUUUUUAAAUAAUUUAAAUAAUUUAUUGACUUCCUAAGGUAAUUAUUUUUUUUUCUUUUUUGUAAAUAAAUGAAUAUUAAAAUAGAACAAAUAAAAUACACAA